GAGUGGAGGUGGGGGGGUGCCGCGGCGGAGCGAGCGCGGGGAUCCGCACACCGGCGGCGGCGGCGGCAGGUGUGAGCCGUCCGGAUGGCGGAGUCCGGACCGCAGCCGCCGGGCGGCGCGCCCAGCCGGCACGAGAAGAGCCUGGGGCUGCUCACCACCAAGUUCGUCUCGCUGCUGCAGGAGGCCAAGGACGGCGUGCUCGACCUGAAGCUGGCAGCAGAUACUCUGGCAGUGCGGCAAAAGAGACGUAUUUAUGAUAUUACAAACGUCCUUGAGGGCAUUGGACUUAUCGAGAAGAAAUCGAAGAACAGUAUUCAGUGGAAAGGUGUGGGGCCUGGCUGUAAUACCCGAGAAAUUGCCCACAAGUUGAUUGAGUUGAAAGCAGAGAUUGAGGACCUGGAACAUCGGGAACGAGAGCUGGAACAGCAAAAGAUGUGGGUGCAGCAGAGUAUCAGGAAUGUCACCGAUGAUGUACAGAACAACGAAUUAGCGUAUGUGACAGACGAGGAUCUUUGCAAGUGCUUCCCAGGCGACACAUUGCUGGCCAUCCGAGCUCCGUCAGGAACCCAGCUAGAAGUUCCUGUCCCUGAGGGCUUAAACGGCCAGAGGAAAUACCAGAUCCACCUAAAGAGCAGCAACGGUUCCAUUGAUGUUCUUCUAGUAAACAAGGAUGCCUGGAGCUCUCCUCCGGUGGUACUUCCUGUCCCUCCCCCGGAAGACCUCAUUCAGUGCCAGCCAAUCACUCCCUCUAAGAAGCCAUCCGUUCCCCCGUCCCAGGAGACCCCUCUUCCCAGCGGUGCCAACCCUCCUGGGUCUGUGCCCAGCAGCACACAAGACCACAGGCCCUCCGUGCCCCAAUCGGCCGCCGUGGCAGAGACAGGCACCUCGACAGCAGAAUCAAAAAGCAGUGUGGAGCUGGACUCGCUUACCCCUUCGACUGUACCGGCCAGCCCGCCAGCUGGGCUUGAUACGCAGCCCCUCCAAUCCUCAGCCUUGCUGGACAGCAGCUCUGUCUCGCCCAGUUCCUUUACCUCCUUCGAGCCAAUCAAGUCCUUCCCCACAGAAAUACUGGAAUUUCCCAAAGAGCUUUCAGAAAUGUUUGAGCCAACCAGAGAGUGCAUGAAUUCGGAGUUGCUUGAAGAGCUGAUGUCCUCUGAAGUGUUUGCUCCUUUACUCCGCCUCUCCCCGCCUCCCGGAGACCACGACUACAUCUACAACUUGGAUGAGAGCGAAGGGGUUUGCGACCUUUUCGACGUCCCGAUUCUCAACCACUGACUUUGACUGCCUGGAUGGAUGGACUUUGGGAUACGGAUUCUUCCCCCCACCCCCCUUUUUUUAUUUUUAAAGAAACUUGUCUCAAAGGAAUGUGGGGGAAAACCCCAAACUCUUCAUUUUGGAUUCUUUGUCCGCUAGUGCUUGACUGAAACACAAGAGCUGCUCUGGUCUAGACCGAAAACCAAUAAGGACGAAAGUCUCGUCUCCAGCUUUUUUUUCUUUUCUUUUCUUUCCCCCCCUCUUCCCUGGCUUAAUCUUGGUCCAGUCCUUGUCCCUUCACGGAUCCUGAGCGGGCCUCCUUCCCAGGCACCUGCUGUCGAAUCUUGCCGAACAGUAAAAGCGCUUCCUUGAGUCCCCUUCUAGCCUGUUUUGGCAUCCCUGCACUGCUGGGGGCACUUUGCAUCUCCCUCCCUCCCUCCUUCCUUUUCUAAUUACCAACAGGACAGCCAAACCGGAGCCAGGUGGUUUGUGUGUGUGUGUGUGGGGAAAUCCAGCCCCGGCCUCUCUUUUGGCCUCUCUUUUGGCUCGUUCAUAGAAUUCAAACGAUUCAUAGAAUUCAAACGAUCCUCUCUUUAGCAAUUGUCUGCUUUGGGCAUGAUGGAAUGUGGGCCUCUCAGCCGAUCCCUGGAUCGGUUUUUUUUUUUGUUUUUAAUGUGCUUAGAAGUGGCGUUUCAAGUAACCCUCCUGGUGCAUCUUUUCAACACAAAGCACGAAGCCCUUUCCCCCCCUGUAGGUUGCCUAGACUUAAAUCGUGUGUGUGUGUGUGUGUGUGUGUGUGCCCGUGCGCGUUUUGUUUUUAAGGUGCCAGUUUUGCACAGUCACUUUCCUCCAAAGAGUCAGAACUCCCAGAUGAUUUUGUUAGAAAGGAGGUGUGCAAAAAACAAGUUGGGACUUCGAGCAGGUGGGAACCUGCCUGUUGUCAACCCAAAGCUUCUUUUGCACACACCCGUCCUGGGUUGCCCCCUCCCCCCCCCAUCUGCAGCUGUGCUGCAUCAGGAAGGGAAGAGCUGGCUGGGACUAAUUGGGAGGCUUGCUUUCUCUCUCAAGCCCCCCCCCCUCCCCCGAUGUCUCCGUUGGGACCCUCCGAUGGAGGAGAUUUAGUCACAGCGAAGGGAGCCUCCCUGGUGUGUCCUCCUCCCAUAGCUGCUAGAGUAGGGCUUUUCGGGGUGCGCUGUUUCCCUUUGCGAUUGGCUAGACGUAUUACGUUGCCGGUGCUGUUGGCGCAGUCCGACUUCUCUUUGGAACUUAAACCACGGCGUGCCCUUUCCCGCAUUUCUCUCCGACAAGCGCACCCUCAGCCUCUCCAUCGGGGGCUUCCCCUGAUCUUGAGGACAUAUGGAAGGAGCCCUCGCUUUCUGCCCCUCCCCAAUCCUGCACUUCCGAACACCUUUCCCCCCACCACCCACCCCUUGAAAGCCAUAUCCAUUUUCCACCACCCGUCGGCCUCGUGGGUUACACCGCGUGCAAACCCCGGAACCUCAGCUUUCCUGAUUCCUAAGACUGUCGCAGGUGCCGAAGAGGCGCCCGCCUCCUUGCAGUGGGGCUGGUCGGUCGGGAAGGGUUCCGAUCCGAAGCGGGGGGAGCUCUCCCACAUCGCAGCCCUUGAACUGCCUGGCUGAAAGAAAAAAAAUCUCCUUUUGAGGGGACUGAAUGAAUUGUGCUACUUAGAAUUGUGGAAGGAUUCAGUGUGAGCGGGCAGGCCUGACCCUGAUCUCCCCUCCCUUUCCCUCCACCCCCCUGUAAUCAGGGAAUGUUUCUAUUUCCAUUAGGGAGACCGAGGCAAAGCUGGGUGUCUCAAAACUUGACAGAUAUAAGAUGGGUGGACUUCAACUCCCAGAAUUCCCUAGCUAGCCAUACUGGCUGGGGAGUUCUGGGACUUGAAGUCCACCCAUCUUAAAGCUGCCACACCAAGGUU